AUGAUUUCAGCAUCACCGAAGCUGCCAAACAAGGGUAUUCCCUCAUGGGCGCCUUUGGCGCGGCAUUCAACAACGUCUGAUCCAUCUCCAACGCCUAAACGCGCACCGCCCGUUCUGCAACAUAUCAGUCCAGCAAGUGAGGCAGAGCUCGAAAAAUCAGGUUUUGAUCCUUUAGAAGGAUCGUCGAUCCGAUAUCCCGCCAAUGAGUAUCUGCGUCAGUUCGAGAUGGACAUCGUCAAGUCAUGCGUCUCAAAGAAUUCGGCCGUCUGCCUUCCGAUGGCCGUGUCAGCUGACCACAUCUGUGCCGUAGUGACAGCCAAUUUCUUGAGGUGGUUUCCACGUAGUCGCUCUGUAUUCUGCUGUAAUUCACUCGAAGAUGCGCAAGUGUUUCAGGAACGGUGUGUGGUUAUUGGAAUCCCAGCCGAUGAGGUCUCUAUUUUGGACUCAUUCCAUAUGUUCAAGAAAAUUCCAGUCCAUAAACUAGGACGAGUAAUGGUUAUAACGCCGCAAGCAUUUGAGAAAAUCGUGGAAUCAGAUUCACCAGUGGUUGGCGAUAUCCGAUGUGCGGUGUUUUGUCUCGAGUCAGAAAGUGUUGGUAUAACCAAAUAUAAAAAAAUUAUAGGAACGUUAACUUUGAAGAAGGUUCUUUUUCGAGUAAUCCUGGUAACCCCGUCGGUGCCAUCAUAUUCGCGUAAAUUAGGCCCAUUGAGGAAACGCCAGCAGAUUAUAACAUCUCUCAUCAUCUCGCAGUGGAUUGAACCGCCUGCUU